CUCUGUUAUGACAACAAACAAUUAAACCCCUCUCUCUCUCUCUCUCUGGUUGAAAAACUGGAGUGACUAAUCCCAGCAACCAAAUCCUGAAAAUCUGAAACCCUUCGUACCCUUUCUCAGUCUUCACUUCCACUAACAAUCUAACACUUGUUCAAUUUUCGUCUCCUUCUGUUUCUCAACAUAUUCUCGAGUACACCAUUGGCCUUUAUCUAUUAACAUAGAUCCAUUAUUUACUUCUUCAGCUUAAGCAAAAGGGUCUCCUCUUUUUGGGAUUCUUUCAGCUUUGCCAUAUAUGCACUUUCCAUUUUAAGCAAAAUGUGGUUACUAUAACUUGGUACUUUCCAAAUUCAGUGGAUAAAUUCGAUACGAAAGUUCUCAUGGGUACUGUUAUUUUGACCUCAGAACCUCAGCAUUUCUCCUAAAACUUUAAGGGGUUUCUCAAAGCUUCAAUUUUUCGAGGAAAACCACAGCACUGUCAGCAUUUUGGCUUUCAAUCGACUGAAGGUUUCCUCAUGAGAAUCUGCUACACCAAUCAACUGCUACAUUAUCUUUUUGUUGUAGCAACUAUUGUUCCUCUGAGUCUUGGUGAUCUAAACUCAGACAAACAAGCCCUUCUUAAUUUUGCCGCAGCAGUCCCACAUGGCUUGAAGAUCAACUGGAAUCCUGCCACCCCAAUCUGCUCAUCUUGGGUAGGCAUUACUUGUAGUACGGAUGGGGCCCAUGUGGUGGCUGUACGGCUUCCAGGAGUUGGACUCGUUGGUCCACUUCCAGAAAAUACUCUUGGGAAGAUGGAUGCCGUAAGGAUUCUCAGCCUUCGAUCCAAUCGUCUCAGCGGAAACCUUCCUUCUGAUAUCACUUCACUUCCUUCUCUUCAAUACCUAUUCUUACAGCACAAUAACUUAUCUGGACCUAUUCCUUCUUCUUUUUCGAAUAAACUGAGUGUUUUGGACCUUUCUCAUAAUUCCUUCAUUGGUAAGAUUCCUGUAACAAUUCAGAAUUUGACUCAGCUAACUAGUCUAAGCCUCCAGAAUAACUUGCUUUCUGGACCUAUACCCAAUAUCACCCUUCCAAGGCUAAGACGUUUAAAUUUAAGCCACAACAAUUUUAAUGGUUCUAUUCCAUUAUCCCUCCAAAAGUUUCCAAAUUCUUCCUUUGCGGGCAACUCAUUCUUGUGUGGACUACCCUUAAAUCCUUGUUCCCCUGUUCUACCACUACCCCCAUCCCCACCUGCACCUUCACCAAGCAUUCCUCAAGAAAAAAGCUCAAAGAAGAAACUUAAAUUAUGGGCUAUUAUUGCUAUUGCCACUGGAGGGGCUGUGCUGGUCUUUCUGCUAGCUCUAAUCGUGGUUUUGUGCUUCCUGAAAAGGAAAAGGGGUGAUGGCAGAGGUGUGGUGAAAGGGAAAUCUUCAAGUGGAGGAAGGAGUGAAAAGCCGAGGGAAGAGUUUAGUAGUGAGGUGCAAGAACAUGAGAAAAAUAAGCUGGUUUUCUUUGAAAGCUGCUCUUACAAUUUCGAUCUCGAGGACCUGUUGAGGGCCUCAGCUGAAGUGCUAGGAAAGGGGAGCUUUGGAACUGCUUAUAAAGCUAUUUUGGAGGAGUCAACGACAGUGGUGGUUAAAAGAUUAAAAGAAGUCAUUGUAGGGAAGAAGGACUUUGAACAACAGAUGGAAAUUAUUGGUAGAGUUAGACAGCAUCUAAAUGUUGUUCCUUUACGUGCCUAUUAUUAUUCCAAGGAUGAGAAGCUAAUGGUGUAUGGUUAUUUCUCAAGUGGCAGCUUGUCAAUGCUCUUGCAUGGCAGCAGGACUUCUGGAAGAACUCCACUG